GGAAAAUGGAGUCCAGACUCAGAGAAAAAAGAAAACUUUUAAAUAAGCUUAAUCAACGGUUCAAACGCCUCAAUAAAGGUGAAAAUAUUCAAAUAAGUGAGGAUACUGUUGCCUCAACUACCUCACAGGCUUCAGGCUCUGGGGGCCAAGCUGAAGCUUACAGUCCUGAGCAUAUGCCCGUUUCUUACCAUUGUUCAGACACUGACUCUACCACAUCUGAAAGCUCUUAUGAAGACGAGCCCAGUUACCUUGAAAAUCCCCAUGAAAAUAAUCCUUACCUUGAAAAUCUUGACCAAAAUAACCAACCCGAGAACCAACCUAUCUUAUCAAACCAAACAGAGCAAAAUAAUGAAUCUUUGUCAUCUUUUUUAGGAAACUGGGCUUUGAAGCAUAACAUAAACCAUUCUGCUCUAUCUGAUCUUUUAACUAAUUUAAGAAAAUUCCAUCCAGAUUUACCUAAAGACUCGAGAACUCUUCUUAAAACACCCCGACAAACUGGUUCCCAAAUUAAAAUAGUACAGCCAGGAUUUUAUUAUCAUUUUGGGUUAGAGCAGUGUCUGAAAAAUUUGUUGGUUGAAUUUUCAAAAGAAAAUAUCCUCGAAACAAAUGUUCUAGAAAUUUGUGUUAAUGUUGAUGGCUUGCCUCUUUCCAAAAGUUCUGGAAACCAAGUCUGGCCAAUAAUGGUUAAUUUUGUUAGAAAUAAAGAUUUUAUUCAGAUUUGUGGGGUAUAUCAAGGCAAUGAAAAGCCAAAAAGUAGCAAUGAGUUCAUGUCCGAUUUUGUAAGGGAAGCUAUAGAACUAAUAAAUAAUGGUUUUUUGUUCAAUAAUACAACAUACAGUGUUAAAAUACAUGCUUUUAUAUGUGAUGUUCCCGCCAAGUCAUUUUUAAAAUGUGUAAAGGGCCACAGUGGCUAUAUGUCAUGCACAAAAUGUGAUAUAGAAGGCAAUUAUAUUGGAAAUCGAACCUGUUUUCCAAAAACAGAAGGGUUUAAUUUAAGAAGCGAUUUGAGUUUCCGAACAAAGGAACAGGAAAGCCAUCAUAUUGACACCACAAUUUUAGAAAAUAUUCCAGGGUUAAAUAUGGUAAAAUCAUUUCCUCUAGAUUAUAUGCACUUGGUGUGUCUAGGGGUAAUGAAAAAGCUACUUAAUAACCUGUGGCUCUCUGGGAAACCACCAUAUCGUUUGUCUUCCCAACAAAUCAAAAGUAUUUCAGAUCAAUACCUAGCAUUUAAAAAGCAAAUUCCACAAGAAAUUCUAAGAAAACCGAGAUCUUUGUUGGAAGUGAAACGGUGGAAAGCUACUGAGUUCCGCUCUUUUCUAUUUUAUUUAGGUCCUGUUGUUUUGAAAGAAAACAUACCUGAAAAAGUAUAUGAAAACUUUUGUUGUCUCCAUGUCACAAUAACAUUAUUGUCAAAAUGUUGCAAUUUGGGAUAUGCUCAGCAAUUAUUGAAACAUUUUGUAGAAACAUUUUCUUUACUUUAUGGGAAAGAAAAUAUUUCCCAUAAUGUUCACAACUUGCUUCACCUUGUCGACGAUGUUCAAACAUUUGGUAGCAUAGAAAAUUUUAGUGCUUUUCCUUUCGAAAACCACAUGAUGUAUAUAAAAAAACUAGUUCGUAAAGGUGACAAACCCCUUCAGCAAAUUAUCAACAGAAUCUCUGAACGGGCAAACAUCAGAGAUUCAGGUGCAAAUUCUACCAAAUCCUAUCCCAUAUUAAGAAAAGAGCACUCUAGAGGACCACUUAUGGACAAUAAUUCCUUAUGUGUGAAACAAUUUGAAAUAAUUUUUUUUAACAAUUUUUUCUUAUCCUUGAAUGAAGGGGAUAAUUGUUGUGUACUUAAGGAUAAAAGUUUAGUCCUGAUAAAAAAUAUUAUAGUUUCUGAUAAAUACACUAAAAUAAUUGGUCACACAUUUUCAAACUUGGAAAGCUUUUAUAGGUCAUAUUGUGAAUCCUCAAAAUUGGAUAUAUUUUUAGUAAAUGCUGUAAAUACUAGGCUCCACUGCUGGGAUGUAAAUCAAAUAGCCUACAAAUGUGUUAAAUUAAGUUUUAGAAACAAAUUUGUGGUUUUUCCUCUAAUUCAUACCCUUAAAUCAGCUUAAUGAUUUCAUUACAUAGUCAUAACUAGAGAUGUAAAAAAACGUUUUUUCUUUUUUUCAAAAUAAUUUCAAAUGUAAAAUAGUAUGUGUGCUACUUUUUUUAAAUUUAAAAUAGUAUGUGUGCUACUUUUCCGCACGAGUUAGGAACACAAUUUUUUCUACGAGAUAGAAGGAACAUCCCUACGUAAUGUAAAUUUUAACACUAAUAUUUGACAACAUUUAUU